ACGUCAUUCUGGCGAAAACAGCAACCGGCAACUUCAACACCAGAACACUUCUCGACUGCAGCCCUCCUAUGAUGCAUGAUGGCUUGGGGACUUUGAUCCUUUUCUUCAUUUGUUAUCAUGAGACACGAUAGGCGUGAUUUCUGACCAUGCCGAAGCUUGCCUCUGCUAAAGCUCCACCCCGCACGGUAAUGCGAUGCCUUCUUCCCUUCCACGCCAACAAAUCCACGCGAAUACCCUUCUUAGCAAGUCGUCAAACGUUUGCUUCCUCUCCGCGACGGCCUCUUGCCCAGAUUUGCAAUGGGAUUACGGACGAUUCUUGGUUGACUCCGUCUUCCUCAACAACGACAUUCUCAUCUACAGAUCGGCGGAGGUCAGGCGGUUCGGAGGGCGAUCACAAGCCGCCAGAUGAGCGGACGCUGAAGCUAGGAAAGACCCUCCGCACUCUCUCGCCAUUGCUCCCGACGAUCCUCUUCAACCCGUUACCCCCGGAACUUCUCUCGCCGAGCGUUACCCUCCACCUUUUCCCUUCGACACACCCCCAUCUCCCGACGGUCAAGGGACGAACCCUGUACCGUGCUGCUCUAUGGACUGUACCUGUUGCUUGGGGUAGCGUUCCGAUUGUCGGAAACAUCAAACUGCAGAUCUUGAGCGAGCGCAUCGUCCGAGCCGGGACUGUAUUGGAUCCAGGCCCAUGCAGAGACAGCGAAUGCGGUGACGAACGGCUGGUCGUGCGAUGGAAGACCGAGCCGAAGGACGCGACGGGCUCAUCGUCGACGACGACGACGUCAUCAUCAUCAUCAUCACCAUCAACGACCCCUUCCUUUUCUUAUACUGCCCCGACCUCCGAGACCACUGAAUCCCAGAGAGGAUCAGUUAGCGACGCGGAAACACACAGCCGUCUUUCGACAUCCAAAGCCGGAACGAACAAGGGUCUCAGCAUGCUUCUGGGCGGCGACGCGCCGAUCUUCAAGCUCUCGCAUGAAGAGCAGUUUACAGGACUUUUCAUCUUCUCUUUUGACGAGAAAGGGCGCAUUCUAACACACACCAUCGAGCAUGCAGACAAUGCAAACGGGUGGGAGCGGACAUCCAAAUUCGUUGCGUUGACGGACUGGCUCAUCGGCAAGGCGCGAGAGUCCCUCGAGCCCUCGACGCCGAAACCAGGGCUGGCAAUGCAAGGGUACCGGGAAUCCGGACACCGCAAUUGCUUCUCUACAGGGUCGAAACUGCCGCUACCUACGGAAACGAGGAGAAUACAUGAUUCGUCCCAUUCGAAUUUGCCGGCGAAGAGCCCGAUACCGUACGCUUGGUAGGGGUCUGCAGUAGGCCCGGCUGUACAGUGUUUUUUUUUCUCUUUUUAUUUGGUUCUUGAAACUACGGUCUGUAUAGGAAGACGAGACCAUCUCCACCCAUGAUCUGAUAUCUCUACUCUUACUCUGGUAUAAUCAAACAAGGUAAUCUAGAACGACA